CAGGUUUACGAACAAUUAGGUCGUACAAGAUCUACGAAUACGGCGCUACGGCGCGGCAGUGGCUGAACCUAAUUUGGCAGCGCCCCUUCUUCUGCUACACACGCUCGCAGGUUUUGUGCCGCAGACACUACCUCUUGCCAUGACAUGAAGCUCCCGAAGACUUUGCGAUGCCAAAGUAUGCCGGAGUUCUCCAAUAUGCUCACCCUGUCAGGCUUCCGAGGCGAUAUGCCGCGUUACUGGCGAUACUGAUGCUGUAUCUGGUGCUCUGCCACCUAGCUCCGGCUGUCCAGCAUACAUACAAGCCUCUUGAUGCAGUCCAGCUGCCAGUCCGCCUUCAGCUCAGCAGAGAAGUCGAAAAACCAAACAUCACCACGAAUCUCGUGAUAGCCAGCACGAAAGCAGAGGACAUCUCUUGGACAAAUGCUCUAAUCCCACAAAUUCCGAAUCUCAAGAUCUUCCGAUAUGUCAGCGAUGACCCUACUGCAGAGUACCAUCCUCCAGCAGCCCAAGGACGUGAAGCUCUCAUGUACUUCACCUAUCUCUUCGACAGAUACGAAGACCUUGCAGACGUCAAUAUCUUCAUACAUGCCGAAGAACAUCCUUGGCAUCUCGACAGUGCUCUCUGGCAGUCAAUGACAUUCGCGUUAUCACAUCUCGACCUCAGCCAGGUUCUGGAGAAACGUUAUUUCAAUCUCUAUACCAGCUUGAAAGGCGGUCGUCCUGAGGGCUACAACACUUCAAAAACGCCACUCCAGACCAAUAACUCGGAAGAGCCAUACAUGGCUGAUGCACUUCGCGCCAACUUUGGAAGUGAUGUUGCGGUACCAGAGAUCCUUCUUGGCCCAUGUUGCUCACAAUUUGCUGUGUCCCAAGAUGCGAUUCUGAGCAGACCUCGCGAGCAGUAUGAACACAGUAUGAAAUGGCUGACAGAUACGGACUGGCCGGAUCAGCUGACAGGACGCGUCUGGGAACAUAUGUGGCCAUUCCUGUUUCUUCGCGAUCAAGCGAUAGACCAGAAGACCGAAUGGCGAGCGUUGUGUCGAAUGUAUGCCGUAUGUUUCAAGAACGCGGGUGAUCAUCAACAAUACCAAGACGUAUGGGCCGAAGUAGUGCAGCUACGUGAGGAGAUCGGCUUUGGCCGCGAGGUGCUGAGACCGUGGAGCGUUCGCAGGACCCGACGACACUUGAAGGAGCUGACUUACCACUUGGAGCAGAGUGUUCUCGAAGCACUGGAGCGAGGACUUGACGAGAAACAGCGUUAUGAAGCAGGAAUAGACAUUAAUGCAUCAUAGAUGUCGACUCAAGGUCGCAAUCGCUCCUUCAAGCCGCGGUGCCACACUUUCAUCCUAGGACUAAAUGAAGAAGCACAGACCUUGCGCCUUUUUCAGAGAAAGCUGUAUCUGCGGGCAUCGCUCCGCGCAGCAUCUAAGGCGCACUUUUUGGCUGCAGCCAGCCUUGUUGACGAGGGAUGCUCCAUUCUGUCAGAGAAAGAUGUGCGUUCUUGCAAUUAUCUUGGGAGAGGAUGUCCAAGUCAUCGGCCGAAGGUCAUCG